AUGGUUGCGACCGAAACUGAAGCACCUGUAAAUAGAAUUUUUACUGGAGAAACCAAAAUAACGAAUCGUUAUAAAUCCCAAGCUACACAAGAUUCAUCAUCAAUUGAAAACAAUGAACAAUUUCAGCGACAUCCAAUCUUUCAAAAAUAUCUUCCAAAACAAUUAUCUCAAGUAUUAGA